UUUGCCUUUGCUUUUAUCUCUUCCGGGCUCGUCUUGAUGGUCGUCUAGUCCCCCGGUAUCAUUAUGAUAUCGGAGCACGUGACAAGGCCAGGCCAGGCUGAGCCGAGGACAGUACGACUGCUCCCCCGCAAUCGAAUUGUCGAGUGCUCCGAUGUCGACGCCGAUAUCCUUGGUCUCCGAGUCUCUCGGACUGUACCGCAUAAAGUUGUUUAACGGCUCCAUCUCCGUCCUUUUCGUUUUCGAUUCUCCAAUUGAAGAGCUGGCAAUAGGAGGUCAUCACAACGAGCACCAGUGGCAAGGCUUGCCCCGGCUGUGAAUCUCCUCCCUCUCUUUUCAGCGGGGUGUGCUGGGGCUUUACCUGGUCCUCUCCACGUAUUGAUUGGUAUUACAAAAUUACAGCCGAAGCCGGCCAUCGGGGGACUCACCACUACCACCACCAACAUCAACAUCUACAACCACCACCACCACUGGCUCUUGUCUUUACACAACACCACUGAUCAAGAAAGAGCAAUCGUUCCUCUUCCUCGACUGCUUGUGAACUCCUGUGGUCCGUCGUCACCAUGUCCUCUCAAACAUUCCGUAUCCUCGUUCUCCCAGGCGACCACGUCGGGCCCGAAGUCAUGGCCGAAGCCCUUCGCGUCCUCGACGUCGUUGAGACAGCCUCGGACGGAAAGGUCAAGUUUCAAUAUAAUCACCAGAUCGCGGGUGGAUGCAGCAUCGACAAGCAUGGUACACCGAUCACGGACGAGGUGUUGAGGAUCGCGAAGGAGGAAAGUGAUGCCGUUUUGUUCGGUAGUGUGGGUGGACCUGAGUGGGGCACAACAUACCCCAACCCCGAAUCCGGCCUCCUCCGCCUCCGCCAACACCUCAACGCAUUCGCCAACAUCCGCCCGUGCACAUUCUACUCACGAUCCCUGAUCCCAUUAUCCCCACUCAAAGAAUCAAUCGCCGAAGGAACCAACUUUAUCCUGCUACGAGAGAACUGCGGCGGCGCCUACUUUGGGCCCAAAGUCGAAGAAUCCGACUUCGCCAGCGACUCAUGGGCAUACCGACGCGACGAAAUCGAGCGAUGUGCACGCGUCGCAGCAGCCCUAGCCACGACCAUGGGCCAGGAUGGCAAAGGCAAAGGGACCGGGCCGCCCGCAACAGUCUGGUCAAGUGACAAGGCCAACGUGCUUGCCUCAGGCCGACUCUGGCGCCGCGUCACGUCCGAGGUGUUCGCCAAAGAGUUUCCCCAUAUCCCGCUCAAACACCAGCUCGCUGAUUCGCUGAGUAUGCUGAUGGUCAAGAACCCAAGCAUGUUCAAUGGUAUCAUCCACACCGACAACACUUUCGGCGAUAUGUUGUCUGACCAGGCUGGUGGCGUGGUGGGAACCCUCGGGGUUUUGCCUUCGGCAAGUCUCUGUGGUGUCCCGGACGGCAAGAGUCGGUGUAAUGGUAUCUAUGAGCCUGUUCAUGGCUCGGCUCCCGACAUUGCUGGCAAAGGGAUAGUCAAUCCUGUCGCCCAGAUCUUGAGCGCUGCUAUGAUGUUACGCUAUUCUUUUGGUCUGGCUCACGAAGCUGCUGCUGUUGAGCAGGCUGUUCAAAAGGUCCUCGAUGGAAAGGAUAUUGGUGGUCUUGAAAUCAGAAGCGGCGAUCUCGGCGGGAAAGCUACUACGAGGGAGAUCGGUGAUGCUGUCUGCAAUGUCCUCCAGGGCAUCCUGAAGGGGAACCAAUGAAGAAGCGAACAAAAUGGGGAUUUGGGAUGACCAAGGAAAAAACCCCCCAAAACAGUGGACAUAUAUAGUAGGUACAUAUGCAUAUACAUACGUCCCUACCUAGGUACGUAUGUUGGACUAAUGCAAAAGAAACUGAACCGAACUGAAAAUGGAAAGAAGGAAAUGAGAGAGAUUCAAAAAUGAAAGUCUCAGAAACACAUCGUCGCAUUUUGUGGCGGUCAAGGUGGCCGUUCUCGUCUCCUGUAGCGGUAGCACGAGCUGUACUUAGUGUACGUUCUAGUACAACAGUAUCCUCUUCCCUGUUGACAACAUUUGUUGGCGCCUCAAGUCAGUUGAAUUCGAAGAAAAC